UUUGUGUGCCUUGGCACAUCUAUAUAUAUACAGUCAUACACGCCGCUUGAUUAGAACAUUUUACUUCAGUCGAAACUCGCAAACCGAAUUCAUUCAGCAGAAAUGGAGCAGACCUUUAUCAUGAUCAAGCCCGAUGGCGUCCAAAGGGGCCUGGUUGGUGAGAUUAUUGGAAGGUUUGAGAAGAAGGGCUUCACUUUGAAAGGGUUGAAGUUUAUGACCGUUGAUCGUGCUUUUGCUGAGAAGCACUAUGCCGAUUUAUCUGCAAAGCCCUUCUUCAAUGGCCUCGUUGAGUACAUUGUCUCUGGCCCUGUUGUUGCCAUGGUGUGGGAAGGCAAGAACGUCGUAGCCACCGGGAGAAAGAUCAUCGGUGCCACCAACCCUGCUGAGUCUGCCCCUGGCACCAUCCGUGGUGAUUACGCCAUUGAUAUUGGCAGGAAUGUGAUUCAUGGCAGUGAUGCUGUGGAGAGUGGAAGGAAGGAGAUUGCUCUAUGGUUUCCAGAGGGGAUCGCGGAAUGGAGGAGCAGCCUUCACUCUUGGAUCUACGAAUAGAUGUCGCAUCUAGUAUGCCUCAUGGCGUUAUGUACCCGCAACUUAUGUUGUUAGACUUUACAUUGAGUUUAAUUUUGCAUUUGAAUGUUUGAAGAUGCUAUUAUUAUGUGUCACCUCUUUAUCUCUCUUUCUUCCUAACAUAAAUAAGGGGAUGACAAGA